CUCAAAGGUAGGGUUUUCCUUAAUUCACUUGCUGCUUAGGUCGAAGGCGUGUUCCUGGCGGAGCUUCGUCUUCGUCGCACGUUUUCAAUGGCCUAUCCUCCGGAUUUACCAGCCAAGGAAGAUCUGGCGAGUGCACACAGCACAGACUUAUCGCCCUCGGCAAUAACGAUUGCAUUUGAGCCGGUCCUUCCAGUGUUACGAGUACCAGUUCCUGCCGGAAGUGAUGAUGAUCCUUCGAAAGGUCCAUUCGUUUUGGCAUUCAAGGACGAGGCAAGCUGGAGCCGUGCAUGGCAGAACUGCGAGAAACAAAUUACUUCACAGUGCGAGGCUGCUACUAUGAAGGGUUGUUCGAUCACUGCCUCAAAGGCUUGCCGCUCCCCCUGGUGGAAAGCGUUCGUCCCAAAUUUUAAUACCAGCACGGAAGACCGAGAAGCUUGCGAGGAGAAGGCCAUGAUGGCUUGUCUCGCUGCGUCUAGACGAGACGGGAUUAAGUUCGCGAGGGGAGUUUGCGAAGAGGUGUUCGGUGAUGCAAGGAUAGCGAACAAGCUCCAGUUUGCUGAUCCACAAGGACACACAAACAGAUCGACAGAGAACGCAUCGACAAGCAACCACAACCAAGUCUUGAUCGAGAAUCCAGGCUCCACAAACUUUAGAGGGAGGUCUCUUACGGAUGGAGCAGACGACAAGCAUUACCAAAGCUCUCUGGGGAAGCGAAUGCUCGAGAAUGGAUGGGAAGGUGGUCUGGUCUCUCCGAAAAAGAAGAGCGAUGCAAUAGCAGCAGGAGUAAUGGAUCGACUGAAACUGUGGCUCGAGUUUGUGAGCGAAGCUGUGACAAAGCUAAGGAAAUCUUUCAAGGACUAAAGGAAAGAGGAGAAAUAAUUAUGGGUUCGAACUCUCAGAUUCAGUA